GCAGGUAAUGCUCAUAACAAACUGUCAUCUGAGCAUUAAACCAAAACCAAGCUUCGUCGGUGAACAUUUCGCAUGUUUCCCUUGCAGCUGCGAGCGUUGCUAAAAAGCAAAAGCGGUUUAAACGCGCUGAAAAUAACGCAAAUAUCCGGGAUUUCCGGUAGGAAUACACGGAAGAGAAGUGUUUUGUGCGCUACGUGGCCACCUGUGACUGCAGCAGCACGGUAAGGAGCGUAAGCGCGGACUGACAGUUUGACAUGAUGGAGUUUGACGGAGAAGAUCAUGGCAGCGACCGGCUCGAGAAAACCUUCUCCGAGAACGGCAUUAACACCGAAACACACGCGCUGGACUCCCAAGAAGACCAUAAAACAUGUCAGGAUAACGAAACACCGCAGAAGUCCUGGAGUUUGGACAGAAACUGGGGGUUUAGUUUAGAGGAGCUCUUCAGACUUGCGUUGAAAUUCUUUAAAGAGAUGAAUGGAAAGGCUUUCAACCCAACAUAUGAAGAAAACCUUCGUUUGGUUGCACUACAUAAGCAAAUCACUCUCGGUCCUUAUAAUCCAAACAGCUGUCCAGACAUUGGCUUCUUUGACGUACUGGGAAAUGACAGAAGGAAAGAAUGGCUUUCCCUGGGCAGCAUGGCCAAAGAAGAUGCCAUGGAGGACUUUGUGAAGCUUCUGAACUCUUGUUGUAGUUUGUUUGCACCAUAUGUGACGUCACAUAAAAUUGAGAAGGAGGACCAAGAGAGGAGACAAAAAGAAGAAGAAGAGCGUCUCAGGCUGGAGAGAGAAGAGCAGGAGAGAAGACUGCUGAAAGAAGAAGAACAACGCAGAGAAGAAGAGGAGAGGAGGGCAAUAGAGGAGGAACAGAGAAGGAAAGAAGAGGCAGAGAGGUUACAGAUAGAACGGCAAAAACAGCAGAUCAUGGCUGUUCUGAAUGCACAAACGGCAGUGCAGUUUCAACUGUAUGCCAAACAACAGUAUCCAGACAAUCCAGAGCAGCAGCAGUUACUGAUCAGACAACUGCAGGAACAACACUUCCAACAGUAUGUCCAGCAGGCUCUCCGUUUACAGCAGAUGGCCUCGCAGAAACAGCAGGAAGAAUCAACUGUGAUUCAGACAUCAGAAGCUCUUCCUGCUCCUGUUUCUAACGAAGCAGUGUCCAUCUGCAACCCCAACAGCCAAUCAAAUUCAUUAGACAAUCACGAACAACAGAAAGACCAAAAAUCCUUCCAUUUAGUUGUGGAAGGGGAAACAGGAGUAGUACCUAUCGUAGCUCCUUCAAUGUGGACUCGGCCUCAAAUAAAGGAGUUUAAGGAAAAGGUUCUGCAUGAUGAGGACUCUGUCAUCACAGUGGGCCGAGGGGAAGUGCUGACCAUCCGAGUUCCCACACAUCCUGACGGCUCAUACCUGUUUUGGGAAUUUGCCACCGAUCACUAUGAUAUCGGUUUUGGGCUGCACUUCGAGUGGAAGGACUUGACCGCACCAACAAGCAGCAAUAAUGGAGGAGAAACUAUAACUGAAACCAAAGAAGGCACAGCACAAGCCGAAGGAGAGAAAACAACCGAACAAGGCAGAAUUCCUCUGGUAAAUGAAGUGGUUCCAGUUUCUCGUCGGGACAGCCAUGAGGAAGUUUACGCAGGCAGUCAUCAGUAUCCCGGUGAAGGAGUUCAUCUUCUCAAAUUUGACAAUUCCUACUCCCUCUGGAGACCAAAGGUUGUGUAUUAUAGAGUUUAUUACACCAGAUAAACAUCAGCUGAUCAUGUGCCUCAUACACUGCUCAUGAGUUUUGAUUUAACACACUACACUCAAGCUGUCAGAAUAUGUUGCUUUUGUUAUAUGCAAAGGUAUUUGCAUUGUGUUCUUACAUGUCUUAAAGAAAAAGGAUUCCUGCUUGGGUUUUAAGAUCUUCAAAUUCCUGUACUUUAGUAAAAGUGCAAGACGAUGGUUUAUUUUCUCCAGUACCUUAUACUGUAUGUUUAUUAUGAAUGAAUCAACGAAGGAAGGGUUUAUACUAAUUCUAUUUAAAUGAAUGUGAUUAAUUCAAGCACUUUAACGUUUUGAAAGCGUUUGUGGAUGCCGAGCAGGAGAUAUUUUACUAUUAACAGGAUUAUCUUUGGUAUUGCUGUGUGGUUGAAAGGAUGAAGAUGUUGAUGCUUUCCUUUUUAUAUUGAGGUUUAAUCUUAUUAUAAGCAUAAUUACUUUCCGUUUACAUGUUAAUUGAAACUGGAGGUAAAGGAUGUUAUUAACUUUUUGAAAACUCAUUUAUAUUUUUGCAUAUUCAUGUGCAUAAAAGCAAAUCAAGAGUUAGUGCUACUGGAACUAGAACUACUAGACUACCAAAUGUCCAAACUUGAUCCACUGUUUGACUUUCUAGUAAGGGUUCAUGUUAAUAUACUAUAUAUAUAUAUACUUUAUUAAGCAGAAGUGUAUCCUGCAGAUACUAAAGCAUAUGUGAAACUAUGCAGAUGCCACAAUUUUGCACACUACAAUAAUUGAGACUUAUUAUUGUUUGCAGAUGAAGAGCGACUCUACUGGACUAACGGUUAAGAUUGUUUUUUUAAUCAUUUAAUUCGCUGAGAAAUGUAAGUGGCAGCUAAUGUUCAGCUAGAUUUAACCAUGCAACAUGGUGAGGGAUUUUGUCUUUUUAAAUUGUCCUAAUAUUUUUAUGAAAAUAGAAUAAAAUCUGUUGGUAUCUGCAAGUGCUGGGGGUUAGUCCUGUGGGAGGACCUGCAAUGCAAUCUCAACUUUUACAAUGUGUAAUAACAUUGUAUUUUAUAUUAAAUAAAUACUUUUAUACCUUA